UACUGUGUGAGCUGUGAUUGGUCACAGCUUGUCACAUGGUACAAGGCUGUUGUGAAUAGUCCUGUACCAUGUGAUCUCUGUGAUCAUUCACAGAUUUCACACGUAGUAAGCAAUGAUAUCAGAAGUAACAUCUUGCUUACUACUGUUCAUGUGAUCACCGAUUGGCCAAUCAGUGCGCUAUUCAUGGCCUCGGCUGUCGAUCACCGGGUCCCGGCCGGUGAUUGCCGACCGGCACCCAGUGAUUGCCGCGCAAAGCUGACAGGUGAGAGACCUGAGUGUAAACACCACAGAUCUCUCUCCUGCCAGCAAGGACAUGCUGCUUUG